CGUUUUACGUAGCAUCAAUAGCAGGGUUCCUCUCUCCACCUCUAGAGUCUUUAUUCACAUCAUCGCGACACUACCCAUUUGUUGUGUGUAUAAUGUCUUCUUGGGAGACGGUACCGGUUAAUAAGAGAACGAAGAAGGAGGGCGAGUCGCCAGCAGGAUCUCCGCGUUCCAGUAGGAACAGCAGCAAUACGGGUUCCAAGACACCGUUGAAUAAAACUUCCUCUGGCGCUAGUGGGUAUUUUGCCGCACUUGCCACUGCACCGCUACCGGAUGGGUCAGGGCUCCGUCAACGUUCUUUAGACGACGAGCACGAAGUGACAGACUUGACUGGGGAGCCUGACUAUCCUGAACAUAUUGUUCCCGAUGUCACAAACGCGACGUCCAUCCGAACAGAGACACGACCCCGUGCUGCCACGCCGCAGCCAGCCAUAUCAAAGGAAAGCGCUAAAAAAAGUGAGAAGAAAGCGGAUUCGGGGAACCCACAUACGGAGGGUCUGGAAGGGCUGACUAAGCUGGAUGUUGCCAGUAUUGAAAGUCUAGUGGGAACCUUUGUGAAGAGGCGUUCCCCGGAGCCUGUCAAAGGACUAGCAGAAGCUUUGGAUCAGAUCAUAGCACAACAGCUGAAGCUGCGCGUGCCAAUAUUUGGGAAGAAUUUUUCAUUACAAAAGUGGGAAGGGCAAGGGCCAAUAACGUUCACGCCAGAGCCGGUUAAGCGGGUGUUAACAGGCGCCUUGAGCGACCUGGAUGUCGCUACAGACUUACCCGGAGUAGUGAAGAAUCUCAUUGAUUCGCAAAAGAAAGCGCUUGCGACCGGGUCCUCAUUUAGCAGUGCUUCUAUCGGCUACGCCCUCAUUCUGCAGCUCAUCGCAUCGAAAGAUGAGGAUAUGUUUUUCGAGGAUGUUGUAUCCGAAAAAUCAGGUCGAACGUCUGCGGACGAAAUGUUCGAGACAUACUCUUCAAUCUUGGGAACCAACCCGGCUGUUGGACAUAGCCUUAUAUGGAUAUGUGCCCAACAGCGAGUUGCUGUCAGCAGGUACGGAAAUGUGGGCAGAAGUCCCACCCAUGUGGCGCAUCCUGCGGGGCUCAAGUAUUGGAUGAAAUUCUUGCUACCACUGUUCUCCACUCCAGACAUCGCGUCGCCAAGAGGAAGGACAGGAAUUGACGACGAUUCUACGGUCGGCAGCAGCAUCGCGAUUUCCGUUCAACAGGCGGCUUUGGAUUAUUUGCAGCGUUUGCUGCAUAGCUUGGAUAUAAUACAGCUAUCAAAGCGCAGAGAGGAUCGCAGAAAGGGGUUACCCUCGAUUACCGUUCGUGACUUUGUACUGUUGAUGCGAGUUGCGGUCUCUGAACAGUCUGCAUUGCGGAGAAGAAAGAAGGGAGAUGAGAUGCAGGCAAACAUUAGAACUGCGUAUGAUAUGAUCAAGCAAUGGACUUUUGGUGUCGAUACGAAACCACGCCUUGUGUAUACCAAUGAAACACCCGAGAGCGCAUUCACUUUUCUUUUGGAUGAGGUGCGAUGUGAAAGAGAUACCGUUGUGCGCAACGAGCUGCUGGACACCUUAACCUGGAUUAUUGCAUCCGACACCUCGCAAAACCCACUCCGAAGAACUGCCGCGAAAGGUGCACAAGGUCUGCAUUCGCGCGUGCUUACAGCUUGGACCUCUAUGUACGAACGCAACCUGAACGAGAGCCGACUACUGGCGCGAAGGCUGACAGAAGAAGGCAAGAAAAGACCUCGUGGCAAGGUCUGGCAAAUGAUACGCCUUUCCGAAGUGUGCUACGCCGUUCGCGACAUCAAACAAGCCAAUGAAGGAUUGCUAAAGAGGAUCGCAAAGCGAAGAGACAGAGAAAGAUCAGGACAUAAGCCAACAGAGAUUGCGGUAGUCCAUCCGGAUCAUUCUAAACAAGACCUACUAGCUGCCAAUCGCGAUCUAAAAGCACUGAGUACGAUGCUCUCACAAAAGCCGCGGAGCGCUCUGCGCUCAUUCCUCCGGACGUUCGUGUGGGUCGUGCUCACUAUUUACUUGUCCCGCUCGCUUUUGGAUGUUAUGUGUGAACCAGGCUCCAACAGAGUGUGUCCUCUUGAUGAUCCACGUGUGACUAAGUUCCGGCAACAGAUUUGGGACAGUCAGGUGCUACCCGCAUAUACACUUGCGAAAGAUGAAGUCCUCAAGCACAGUCAGCCCGUUCUCGUCCCUCUAUAUGAGAAGGUCGAUGUGGUAUUGCAUCCUGCCAAGGAUCGCGCACAGCGUCAAUGGACACAGUUUAAAAAUACCGAGCAAUACCGUGCGGUUUUGGACUUUGGACGGUUUUAUGUCGUCCCAUGGCUGGAACGCGUUCGACAAGAGUGGCGUGACGCAAUGGUGGUUUUGGUGGACGUUGUCGCUCCAUCCCUGCGACACGCAUUCCGUGACGCGAAGGUUGCUUUAAAAAACAAUUUGCCAGUUGCUCGAGCACGUAUUGCGGUAUAUGCGCGAGAUGCACGAGCGCUAACGCUUCGCCUUUCUCAAACUGCUGAGAAGGAGUUCUUGCAUUUGUGGGAUCGCCUACACCUUGCGGAGAAUAAGGCGUUGGUUAAAGUACGUGAUGUUGCCCUUCCAUACUGGAAUUCAACCCGCGGAGCGCGAAAUACGCUUCAAGAGGUGAUAUCCAAGUGGGUUGAUGGGGUUGAUUUUCUGUGGCGCGUGGUGGAAGAUCGGGUGGAGAAGAGAGAGUGGACAAAGAUCGGGAACUGGGGGAGGAGGAUAUGGAAGACGGUGCAGGGUUUGAAUGAGGAUGAAGAUUGGGAUGCCGAUAUGGACGUGGAUGACGAGCAAGAAGAGAAGAACAGGAAAGUUCAAGGAAAGACGCAUUGACGUAGGAGUCAUGCGGAUGUUCAUCAUUUUGCACGGGCGAUAUUUUUAUCUAGGAUUUGUAGUCCCAAUAGCUUCCCCGGUCGUGGCAAGGCACGGAAGGGCUGGCUGUCAUUGACUGAUGAUCAUAGCUUGGGCCAGCCUCCGUCGCCUAGGUACACAAUAGAAUACCUCAAAUGGAUCAUCCCUCUAGAAGGGUGGAUAUAUCUUAAAUGCACAAAGAAGCGUCGACGUGAUAUCAUGUAAUUCUUGGAGUAUAAUACAGCUAAUGAAAACCUCUUAGUCACAUUCCAA